UUUUGCAGUACAAUCUUUGACAUUAAUCGACAUGAAUGUACCUGUAAUAAUAAUCACUUCAGUUUUGUUUGCUGUAUUGCAAAUACAUCACAACCCAGUAAAUUCACAAGUACCAUCCAAUUGUACCAACUCUUCAGAUAGAUGGGAGACUACAGAGUGCGAUUCCUACUACGCCUGCGUGCAAGUCUUGUGGAACUACUACGUUGUCCUCAUCAACUGCACAUCAGGAGUGGGCUACAAUACAACUUCCGGAGCUUGCGAUGAAGAUAUCGCUUGUAAUGGUUCUACUACAUCGACUACAUCAACUACUACAGUUGCUACAUCAAGUGUCACAGGUCCAUCGAGUUGUAGUAACAGCUCCCAAACGUGGGAAGCAGAAAACUGUAAUCAGUACUACGGGUGUUACUUAGCUCUAGGCAAUUACUAUGUAGUUUUGGUGAAUUGUACUUCUGGGUAUCAAUACGAUACAUCUACGGAAAGUUGCGUCACUAGUACGACUUGUUCUUUGUGAUUUUAAUUUUUGAAUGUAGGUAGAUAUACAGGGUGGUCCGAACUGUAUUCCGGAAACUUCGGCAGC